UGUAAGGCGGUUCUGUGUUCUUUCUCUCAGUGACGUGCGUUUAUAUACUGAGCGAUUGGGGAACGGUUCCUUUCUUUUCUACCUUUCUGAGUUGUAAAUGGCAAUGUUUAUAAGUGCCCACCAAUAUAAUGGCGGCGCUCUAACCGUGACACCAUGGAAGUAAUAGUCUGCGCUUGUUUCUAUUGGUCCUGUGUGUGAGGGAGAAGCUGCGUGUGUGUCAUAGGGAGGGGACCGAGCAUCCCCCAAAGGCCGGGCUGAGAGAGGCCGAUUCUUCCCUUCCAACUCAGUCCGGUGAGAGCUGUUAGGGGGCAUGGAAACUCCCUGUAACUCCCUCCCCCCCCUGUGUCCCUGGCAUUGUCCCUCCCCUGCACUCACAUCUCCAGCCUGGGCUACUGGAACAUGAGUUGGCAGUUGCUGUGUGUUCAGUCUCAUCUUAAUAAGUCUCAGCAUCACAGAGAAGAGACCCCUGUAUGAAACCAAUAAGACUUACGGGUGAUUCUGCCCUUUAGCUGUGGGAAUAGAAAGCUGCAUGUGAAUGAGAGGAGACCGACCCCCUUCCAGCAUGGAGCCACAGAUGGAGCCAAGGUUGGCAGUGAAAGUGGAGAAUGAGGAGUCGGAAUGUGAGGAUUGUCUGAGCUCUAUAAAACGUGAAACGGAUCCCCCUCCUGCUGAUGGUUUCAGAGAGAAGGAAAUGGAAAUAUUACAGAUAAAGGAGGAAGAACCAGACUCUGAUUAUUAUCAGAGCCCAAUGGAAAGGAGAGCAGUUCCGCUUGCUGAUGGGGUCUCUGAAAUUAAAUGUGAGGAUGAAGGCUCAGACGCAAAGGAUCACAUCACUGCCAUAAAGUGUGAAACUGAGUCAGUCCCUGCAGCGGGGGCAGAGCUGGAAGUAUUACAGAUAAAGAUAAAGGAGGAAGAACCGGACCCUGAGGACCAUCAGACCCCAAUGGAAAGCUCAGCCGCACCACUUACUGAUGGGGAGAGUUGUAUAAAUGAUGGAAACUGUUGGGACCCCGACCCCCCCAGAUGUUUGAUAAGGCACGAGAGGCGGUUAUUGACAGAAACCAGCAAUCAUUUUGAUUCAUUGGAUGCAGCCAAGGAGCCAUUAUCGGGGGCUGGAGUAUUGCCGGGGGCAGCACUGACUGACGGCACUAGAUAUGAGGAUUGCUCAGCAAGCGCCGACACAUCUGGUUUUAUCUGUGAAAAAUGUGGGAGGUGCUUCUCCGGGAAUAGCGACCCUCUCGCCCACCUCUGCGCCGACUGUCCUGAGAAUUUCACGGAUCCGCACAAAAAUGAGGAGGUGCAGGGGGUUCGGUUUCCGUGCAGCGAGUGUGGGAAGCACUACAACAAUAAAUGCAGCCUAAAAACGCAUCAGUUGCUGCACACAGGGGUGAAACCAUUUACUUGCAAGGACUGCCAUAAAACAUUCUCUCUAAGGAAAGAUCUUAACCGACAUCAGAAGAUUCACACCGGAGAGAAACCAUUCACUUGCACGGAAUGCGGUAAGGGCUUCUAUCUAAGGGGCAACCUUAACAUCCACUACAAAAUCCACACGGGGGAAAAGCCUUACGCUUGCACGGAAUGUGGCAAAAGCUUCUCCGAGAAGAGCAAGCUCCGCAAACACCAAAAGAUUCACACGGGGGAGAAACCAUUCACCUGCACGGAAUGUGGCAAGAGUUACUCUGAGAAGAGCAAACUGCUCAACCACCAUAAAACCCACACGGGGGAGAACCUUUUUAACUGCACAGAAUGUGGCGGAACUUUUUUAACCAAAAACUCACUUGUGCAACAUCAGAUGAUCCACACCGGGGAGAAACCAUUCACCUGCACGGAAUGCGGCAAAGGCUUCUCUACCAAGAACAGCCUGACGUCCCACGAGAGGAUCCACACCGGGGAGAAACCUUUCACGUGUUCCGAGUGUGGAAAAUGUUUUUCUAGGAAGUGCAACUUGAACGUCCACGAGAGAAUUCACCGAAAGGAAGAAGGGAAGGAACGAAAGCGCAAGUCGUUCCCGUGCACAGAAUGUGGCAAGACUUUCGCUGUAAAGAACAACCUCAAGAAACACCAGCAAAUUCACUCUCUGCAGAGAACCAUUGAGAGGAAAAGGAACAUCAUCGCCCAGCAGCACAUUGGGCACGUGGGGCACGUGGGGCAGGAGCAGCAGGGACUUGCACCGGUAACUCUGUGCUGCUCUGCUAUUGGAGCCUCUCAGUUAUCAGAGAGCAAAUUAAUCACAGUGCUGUUUCUACCACAGACUUCCUAGCGGGGGCAGUCAGGGCAUUUAUUCUACCCUGUGAAACCCAACACUAUGGUGUAUAUCAGGCUGUGUAAAAAGUGAAGUGAAGCAUUACCAGUGAUGUUGCCCAGGGCAACCAAUCAGCAAUUAGAUUUCAACA